AAGGGAGCAGCUGUAAGAGGACACACUGCUGUGGGACACUUCUGUCAACAAGACGUGAAAGUGCCACCUGCAUGAGUAGAAGCACGUCCACUUUGGGCCGAUCCAGGAAAACGUUGCUACUGUGAUCUUGAAUCAGAAUGGAGACUAGCCGUGAAAACAACUGUGGGACAAUCUGUCUGAAGUAUCUGCUCAUUGUGUUCAACAUUCUUUUUUGGCUGGCUGGGGGUGCAUUGGUGGCCGUGGGUGUGUGGACUGUGGUGGAGAAGAGCGACUAUAUCGGUCUCCUCGACUCUGGCUUCUACUCAACAUCUGCUUACAUCCUGAUCGCUGCCGGGGUCAUUGUGAUCGUGACUGGCAUCAUCGGAUGCUGCGCCACCCUGACGGAGAACAAGAGUCUUUUGAUUGUGUAUUUGGUCCUGUUACUCUGCGUGUUCCUGCUGGAACUCAUUGCAGCAGUCAUGGCCUAUAUUACCUACCAAGAGUGUUUCCCUUUCUGCCAUCAGCUGGAUGAUGCACUGAGACAGAACCUGGAGGUGACCAUGCAGCAGAAAUACCAACAACCAGGAGAAGACGGGGUCACGCAUGCUGUGGACAAGCUCCAUCAGGAGUUCCAGUGCUGCGGGAGUAACAGUUCCUCCGACUGGAGAUACAGCACUUGGAUCCAGGCCGCGCAGGACGAGGAGCUGGUUCCUGUCAGCUGCUGUAAGACUCCCAGCAGCCUCUGUGGCCGCAGGGACCAUCCCUCCAACAUCUACAAGGGAGGCUGUGUUGGGAAGUUAGAGGACUUCAUUCUGUAUCAGCUCUACAUUCUGAGUGGAUUGGGCAUUGGGAUUGCAGUUUUGCAGCUUCUUGGAAUGAUGUUUACUUGCUGCCUUUACCAGAAGCUGGAAGAUGAACCAUACUGAUUUUGGGAGUUUUUAAAGCGUUGACGUGUGGUUUGAGAUUUAAGUUAUUCUUCAAUCCUGUUGGACUUAUAAAUCAACACAAUUUGCAUACUUAAGAUUCUGUUCUGCUGCUGGCCAGCACUUCUCACUAUUUCAUGUUAAAGAUAAUCAUACUAGCCAACCCUCACGAAUUUUCCGGGAGACUCCCGAAUUUCAGUGCCUCUCCCGAACAACCAUUCUCCCGAAUUUCUCCCGAUUUCCAG